AUGAGAGUGUCAGUUGUUCUGGACGACUGUGUGAUCACGCUCUCAGCAGCCGAUGUCAGUAAGACCUUUAAACAGUAUCACCCAGACAAGCAGGGCCCAGAUGUGUCAGUGACUGAGGCAGAGGAGCACUUACACAGGUUCAUUGAGGUCAACCAGGCUUGGAAGGUCCUGAGCAACAAGGAGACAAAUUCAAAGAGAGGGUGUGAUCUGCAGUUACGUGCCGGUGAACUGAAUCAAGGUUGGCCAGUCGAUGCCCGUGUCAGUCUGGACGACAUGACUUCCGAUGACGAUAACGAGGUGUAUGCCUAUGGCUGUUGCUGUGGAGGGGAGUUCUCCAUUGGAAGAGAGGCAGAGGAUGAAAAGGCCAUUGGUGACCCCAGGGUGUGGGAAACAGGCCCGUCCAUCCCCUCGCUGAGCGGAUCUAUAAGCAUUGGACACAAUAUCGACCGGCCGUCCCCCCAAAUGACCAUCAGGGAGUGA